AUGGACGGUGGACACAGCCUCAGGAUGGACGUUACUGUACGAGAGCUCAUGGAGCUCUUUCUGCAGAGCACGCUGGUGGCGGGGGUGACCCGCCACCAGGAGACCCUGUUUAACUUGCAGAGGUUGGAGGUCCCAGACAUGGCCCUGGAGGAGCUGGAGUUUCUCUCCAGCAACAUGACCUGUCGCCUCAGGAGGCUCUUAAUUGAGCAAGACAGUUACAGGGAGCUGGUCGUGACCAUGACCCAGGAGUGGAACACCAGCAGCCGCCCCAGCGAGGACACGCAGCCCCUGGCCGUGGAGCUGGCGGACACCAAGGCCACACUGCGCGGCGUCAGGCAGGAGCUGGAGGAGAAGACGAAGCAGCUGGCGGACGCCAGGCAUCAGUUGUACCAGCUGGUGCUGGAGCUGCAGGAGGCCCGGCGCAAUAACAUGGAGUUGGCAGCCAGCGCCCAGGCUGCCCGUGCCCCCCUCCCUGAGCUGGACUCCCUGAGGGAGAAGGCGAGGCACGUGGAGAGGCUGGAGAUGGAGGCGAUGGGCCUCAGGCAGAAGGAGAAAGACAUAGACUUCUAUGCAGCCCCAUGGAAGUGAGCCCAGCAGGACGAUUAUUUUUCCAUGGACACUGAGAGCCAUCUCCAGGACCAUUGGAUUUGGUAUUGGAUUGAUAAGCUAUUCGAGCGGGAGGAGGAGAAUGUGCAGCUGAAAUCUAGGCUGCACCACCUACAAUUGGCCCGGGACACAGACCAGAAAUGCCUUGAGGAGCUGCGGGAAGAGAUCAUGGCCCUCAAGACUGCACAAGGGCAGAGUGUGGAGGAGUCCGCCCACCUGCACUGGGAGCUGGAGCAGCUGUCCCAGUGCCAGGAGCGUCCAGGUGACAGCACGCUGAUGCCCAGGGGGGUCUUCGAUCUGUCGGGGGAGGAGUGGAAGCUCGGGAUGCAGGAGGUGUCCCCAGUGGUCACUCGCCUCCAUGAUAGUUGUACCCGGGGCAUGGUUUCCUCCGUUGAUUUCAUCAUCGGACAGAUGGCCUCCAGCUGCUUCCUGAAGCUGGACAAGGAGAAGCAGAGCCUCCAUGACACCGUCCAGGGGCUGCGCCACGCCUCCCUGGCCCUGCAGGAGAGCAGCCUCCAGCGCCAGGAGCUGGAGAAGGAGAACCAGCAGCUCAGAAAGCAGAUUGAAGACUGGCAAGUCCAGAUGGAAAGAGAAAAGCAGACCAGCCUGGAUCUGGCGACUCUCUGUGAGGAGCUGGUGGAGGAGAGAGAACAGCUGCUCCAUGACAUCGAGACCCUGAAGGCUGAGGAAGCCCAGGAGUUCAAGGAUCUUAAACAACUGGUGCGUUCACUGCGGGAUAGUUCACAGACCAGCAGCAAGGCCCGCAUGAAGGGCCAGAAGACUGAGAAAAAAGUGCUCCUCCAGACGGUGACGGACACCAAAAGGAAAGUGACCAUGAUGGAGUGGGAGCGGCGGCAGCUGUGCUGGGACCUGGAGCAGGUGAAGGAGCACGUGGUGCGGACACAGAAGCUGGAGCAGGAGCUGCAUCGCCUGCAGGAGGAGAUCGAGAAGCUGGCCAUGGAGGUCAGCGCCCUGAUGACAGCCCCCGAGAGGGUCCACGCCCUCGAGCGGGAGAGCCCGGACCUGUUGCUGGAGAACCAGAGGCUGCAGACGUCUCUGGACACCCUGCAGCCCGAGGACCCGGAGCAGGACAAGCAGCUGGACACCAGGGUGGAAAAUUCCACUCUGAGCUCCCAGAGCGCCUCGCUCACUGCGCUCACAGAGCAGAACACGCAGCUCCAGCACCAGCAGCUGGCGGCAGCCCACAAGGCCCUGCAGCAGGAACACGCAUGCCUGGGCGCGCUCCACGAGCACCUGACUAGGGAGCACAAGGCCCUUCUGGACAAGUACCGCCGCCAGAAGACACUGCUGAGUCGGACCCUGAAGCUGGAGAGCAAGGCUCUCAGUGACAGAUACAAGGACCAGCUCCAACAUAAGGUGGCGCUGGAGCAGCUGGGGACUCUCUUGACCACCGAGCGGGAGGCUCUGCAGCAGGAGCAGAGGACGAGCACCAUGGCCGCCGAGGAGAACCAGAGGCUGCAGAGAGAGCUGGACAGGGCCAAUUCCCUGCACCAGCAGCUGAAGGGGGAGCAGGAGGAGCUGCAGACCCACACUAAGAAGCUGCAGACCUCCCUGAACGACACCCAGCUGCAGGUAAACCACUGGCAGGCCCGGUACGAUGGGCUGAAGGGGGAGCAUCAGAGCACGGACAUCUCGCUGACCGAGCUGGACAACCGCUGCCAGCUGGUCUCCCGCCUCAAGGGCAACUUGGAGGGAGAAAACCGUCACCUGCAGAGCCAAAUCCAAAGGCUGAAAGAGCAGAACCAGAGGCUUCUCCAGGAGGACGUGGAGGACAAGGACCAGCACCAGGAGGAGCAGCAGCUGUACGUAGACAAAUUCAAUGCCUUACAGAGACAAAAUGAAAAACUGGAAGAAAAAAGCAUGGCUCAGCACAAGUUCCAUGAUCCAGCGCCAAAGAAGAAAAAGCACUGGAUUGGAGCCAAAGUCUUAGUCAAACUCAUCAAACUAAAGAAAGGGGGAUCCAGAGAACGACCAAAGUCAACCCCACAGAGGCCUCCCUGGCCGCUGGGGUCCUCAGACCAGGCCUCGCCCAGUACUUCUCAGCCUCUUCAAUCGCAGCGGGAACCCCUCGAGGCCACCCCAUGCUGCUCAAAGGUGACAGAAGAGCAAGACACCUGCAGGGGGCCCAGGGGAAAAGGCCCUGGGGACCCAAUACCAAAGGGAGUGGCCCCACACAGAGGCAGCCUUGACCACACUCGAGGAGAUGCCUCUGCUGACCCAGCCACCAAGCCCCGGCCAUCAGAGCUGGGCUCCGGGGCCUGUUCAUCCUCAGCCAUCACUACAGCUCCUUCCAGCUCCACCUCCACCUCCCGGCACCCAGGCCGCACCCACGGGCACAAUUCAGAUGACAGCCCCUGUGAGCAGUCCCUGGAGCUCCAGUUCCCCACCACAGGCAGCACGGGGAGUGGGCGGUGCGUGGUGCCCUUCAGCCUGUGUUCUCAGACCUGUUUCCAUCAGCAGUGCUUUUCCUUCAAGCUAAGAGCCGCCCUGUUUGGCCUGUACCGGAGUUCUGCGUGA